AUGUUCAAUACUCCAAAAACCUGGUUGGAGGCACAGAGCUUCUGCAGAGAGAAAUGUCUGGACCUGACCACCAUCAACAACAUGACAGAGAUGGAUGCAGUUCUUAAAGCUGUCGGGGGCAAAUACGAUGACGCUUUGUGGUUCGGGCUUUGGCAAGGGGUAGAAUUCAGAACACACUGGUCUCUUGUAGACACAGAUUUCUCUGACAUAGCCGAAGGCUUCAGUCAACAUUGGGCCGUGUGGGCCAGAGACAGCUGUGUUGUUUUCAAAGACAAGCUGUUGCAUUCACAAAGCUGUACCGAGAUCUAUCACUCUGCUUGCUUUGAUGCAACAAAACAAGGAGCUGACCAGUACAUUACUGCAGGAAUGAUGAAUUGGCUUGAAGGUCAGGAAUACUGCAGAACCAACCACACAGACCUGACCAAUAUCAGGAGUGAAGCAGAGCUUCAGUUCAUUUCUGCACUAGCCGGUAGCGGGUCAGUGUGGGUUGGCGGCUUCACUGACAGAUGGGAGUGGUCAGACCAGAGCACCUCCUCAUUCAGAUACUGGCGAUCAAACGAGAAGUUUUGGGGUUCGGAUGGUGGAGAAUGUGGUGUCUUGACGAAGAAUGGUAGAUGGGGAAGACUGUCGUGUUCAGAGAAACGCCCGUUCCUCUGUACCUGCAAGGACCCAGCAAUCAAACCGAAGGUCGUUAAAGUGAGGAUCAACCUCCAGGACUCAUCGCUGGAUCCAAAUGACCCUUCAGUACAAGACAAAAUCUUGGAGCAAAUGAUGCAGAAGCUGAGCAAGUCCGGAGUUGGUGAUGUGAAGCUGCGAUGGAAGAAGCAGCCUGACGGGAAGGUUUUCAUCCCAGCGGCUCCCUGA